GUAGGCUCUGAUAAUCCUUUUCUUUGGAUUCUUUCAACCUCGGACACGGCUAUGGCCUGGUUGCUGUGGAGGACGACCUAGCGUAGCUUAUCCUGUCAACCUACUAGACUCGUACUCUGAUCGCCUUGCCUUCGUGUGUGCAUUUGGAAUCACCUGUAUUGGUAUCCUCGAUCUGUUCACCGGUAACUACUACGUCGAACCCGACUACGAUGACCUGCCCGAGAUGGUCAGAGGUGCUGUUCGUAGCUGUAUGGCGUAUGUAAACGUGUUUGCCAUUGGACUAGCUCAUUAUCCAAUCAUGAUCUGCCUAACUGUACAAGAAUGGGUCGUUAGUGACGUCAUCGGAAUACUAUACACCUUAGAAUGGGCAUUUUUAUAUUACUACUCGCUGGCUGAGUGUCCUUGGGGAGAAUCUGAUGAGGGCGAUGUGAACAGUCUAAUUCUGAUACCAAUCUACCUGUGUUACCUCAUUCUCUUGGGCAUCUUCAUUCGACGCAUGUACAAUAAUCACAUGUUCCGGCAAAAGCUUAGACAGGGUCUUGAAGUGGAGAUUCACGACUAUGAAGAAGACUUCAAGAAGACACACUUUUAUCAAAGGGUCAAAUAUCUAUUGACACCCAAGGAGGAGUGGGAAAAAGACCAGGAAGAACCUGGAAAAUGCAGAAAAUUUUGGAACAAAUUUUACAAAGAUGAACCAGGUUUUCUAUUUUCUCGUCGCAUCAUCUGCACCAUAGGACUGAGUGGACUGUGUUUAUUUUGUAUUGGAAUUAUUUACGAAGCCAGUGGAAUCUACCUGGAAAGGUGGGCUGCUGAAACCUUUGCUGUAAACGGAUCACUUUAUAACUACCUUGCCGAAAGCAAUGAUACUGAUACGUUCGACGCAGCCAAGGAUGUCGUUGAUUCAUUUGCCUACACGUUUUCACCGACAACAUUCGCUGCUAUGGGAGUAAUGAUUUGCUACAAUUUCGUCACCUUUGUUGCGUAUAGGAGAAAUACUCUCCGGUUAUGGCGAGGAGAUAAAUCGUUUUGCCCGAAAGAAAAUUUUUCGAACACAACUUUAGUGGUAUCGAGUCUCAAGUAUUCAGGAUUUCACAUUGCAUUUGUUCUUUGGGGUUUUAUUUUACUUCAGUUGACAUUAUGGCUUUUGACGUUCCUCGUCAUCUACUUGCUCAUUCUCCCCAUCAUCAACAGAGAAGAAAAUUGGGCUUGGAGACUUAUCAAGAAUCAGUGGUUAUCCGUAGUUGUCUACUUGGUUGUGUAUUAUAGUCAGGUGAUCUCAGCGAAAUUUCUAUUUCUUCAGCAGCGAGGGAAAGAGCUCAGUAUAGACAACAGACGACUCUUCCACGUCCAAGUGUAUUUCUUCUUCUUUGUUAACGUCAUCCUCGGAUUGGCAUCCUGCCUUCUUCGGAUAUUUAAAUCGGUACUCUUCGGUUUAUUGCUGGUUGGUCGGAUAGACCGGUGUUUAUUGAUGAGGGGUUUCGAGUUAUAUGAUUCAGGUUACAAGGCGUAUUUGGGUUUCCUACAACUAGAAGUGGUUCAUACGCAUCCUGUAGUGAUUACAUUCUGUCAUUAUCUUCUCAAAACUCAGAGGGAUAAGAAAGAUAAAGUCUUUGAAUUCAGCGAAGAUGAGGAAGUUGAUCUUCCGAUUCCAAAGACGGUGAACGUAAGAGCGCGAAACCGUUGGUACCUCAUUUACACCCUAGUACGAAACAACCGUCUGCUUGCCGAGCGAUUUGAUACUAUACUCAACGCUAAGAGGGAUGAAGUGAAGAGACAAAUCAAGGAAGAAAAACAAAAGAAGGAUGAGAACAUAGUGAAAGAUGCCGUCAAAACGUUCGUCAAAGAUGACGUCACCAGCAAUGAUGAAGUUGGUGAAGAGGUGAGAACCAGCGGGUGUGAUGACGGUGGCGUUGUCGUAGAGGUCGCUUCCGUGAACUCGUCAAAUUUCAAGUUGCAAGAUAUGGAUAGAAGAGAUGAUGAACGACUGGUGCUUUUAGCCAAUACACCCACCAAUGCAAGGACUAGCUAUAAUGCAAUUCAUCCAAAGCUAAAGGGUUCCGAACCACAGGUCUUUUCCAUCACACCAUCGACAGCUUUGAUCGAAGAUGAGCGAGAAACGAACUUCAUGACGACAUCGGAUUAUGGUCCGAGCUCGGGAGCGUCGCAUCCUGAUUCGACAUCGCAGUCGGGAUCGACUGCGGAGACGUUGUCGACAAUCAGCAUCCCAGAAAGUCUUCAAAUGACACCAUCGCCUUCUCCUUUGAAGGAGGAGGACAAGACUGAGAUCGCGAAACAGGAAGAGAAAAAUAUUUCAGGAGAUGCUGAGCCCUAUGUUUCAGAUGGAUCGCAGGCGAGAUCAAUGAAAGGUGAACACGGGAUCUCGAACUCAUCAGCUACGCCUCUAGUCAUUGAAGACGACGAGAUUGUCCUACCCGGCACACCGACCAUGACAACAAAAAUGUAAUUAGUGAAAUACAUUAGAAUAUAAAGUUAGGAAAUGAGAGAAAAGUAGGCCUUUAAGAAGAUAGAAACAAAGACGAACACUAAAAAAUAGGUGGAUAUUAUGUAGAAUGUAUUGAGGAUCAUCGCAGGCCAGGGCGAAGACGACAUAAUUAUGAUGGCAUGUAUCCUGGACCUGGACAACAAAAGGAGGUCUUGUACGUCAGCAGGAAGAUUUCCAGUUGAGUUCUGGUACUUGACUAUUUUGACCCAAAGUCAAUUUUAAUUCAGUCAGUUUAGGAGUGACAAUGGUCAAACCGAUGAGCAAGCCAGUUCAAUGCUGCACUGACUUUAAGUGCCGAUGUACAAAUCGGAACAAAAUCCUGAAUCCACUGCAUUAUGAACAUCCAAAGGGGUGCUGCGGAAUAUGGUAUGUGGUAUAAAACCCAGGAGGUUAGAGAUAUAUCAACAUUGCUUGAAAGGAGUUUCGCAUGAUGGACAUAAUGAAAAGGCACAUAUUUCCUUUAAGAAUUAUUCCAACUUCCACUUGUAUUAUUUUGGCUAUGAUGUCAGGCUGAUGUUGGUUUUUAUAGAUUUCAUUUUUAAACUUUUCUUGAAUAAUUGAUGUUAAACAUUUUCAAUCAUUUGAGUAUAAAAUGCUUUGGGGGGAUAAUUGAGUUUCUAUUGUGUUAGAUAAAGUGGCAUAUCCAUGUAUAGUGUAUUUAUAGUAACUGAGAGGACCUUUUAUGGGGGGGGGGUGCUGACAAGGAGGAGGAUCAUGAUGUAACUGUAAGGGGUCUUCUUAUUACCUUUUCUUCACAUUACCUCUUUCUCCCUCCCCCUUUACACCAUUUCAAU